GUCCCAGUUCUCUCUGGACCCGGAAAACUCUCCUCACCCGGUUUCCCGGCUGCGGGCCUGGGAGAGGCAGCAGCGCAGCGGCGGGAACCGCAGCCCCGGCGUCCCUGGAACCUCCCAGGUAUCACACUCCUCAGGUUGUUCAGCUCACCGUGAAUCUGAGAGCCCUGGAUGGUGAAGAGAGGAAACUGUAGCACAGGAUCCAGGUCUCCCACUGCUCAGCCAGAUGUGCUCACCUGUGAAGCAGAACUCAGAUUCCUGGAUGGUGAAGAGAGGAGACUGUGACCAAGGUUCCAGCUUUUAGUUUUUCAGAGAAGAGUAACAAGAAGAAUGAAUGCUUCUCUGCUAAAUUCUCCUCAGGGUCAGUUAACAUUCAAGGAUGUGGCUGUGGACUUCUCACAGCAGGAAUGGGAAUGUCUUGACUGUGUUCAGAGGGCGUUGUACAUGGACGUGAUGUUGGAGAAUUACAACAAUCUAUAUUUUGUGGAGAAUCAUGGGAAAUGUCAUAAAUAUGAGAACAUCUUGGAUCAAGACCUACAGCAUAUCAUUCACAGGAAUGUGAAUAUCCAAGGGAAGUCUUAUAAAUGUCGUGAGCUUGGCAAAAUCAUUCAUGAAUCCACCCAUAGUGCACCAUAUAAAACUAACCUCAGGGAUACAUCUGUUGAAUCAUCAAACCUAAGCAGACAUGAGACUGGAAACAACAGAGAACGUUGCAAAUAUAAAAACCCCGUUAACUGUUUAAAUCCAUGCUCUACCAAUAGUUUAACUCAGGAAAUCCAUGGAAGAAAGAAAGAAUACAAUGAUACAGAGAUUGAUAAGGUUUUUGACUCUAAACAAAAAUUCAUGCUGAAACAAACCAAUAAUAGAAAGAAACCUUACAAAUGUGAUGAAUGUGCCAAAUGCUUCACUAAGAAAUGCAGGCUUAGACAACAUCAAACAGUUCAUACAGGAGAGAAACCUUACAAAUGUAGUGAAUGUGACAAAUACUUUACCCAAAAAUAUAGUCUUAGUAUUCAUCAGAGAAAUCAUACAGGAAAGAAACCUUACAGAUGUAGUGAAUGUGACAAAUGCUUCAUCCACAAAGGCUAUCUUAGAAAACAUCAGAAAAUUCAUACAGGAAAGAAACCUUACAAAUGUAGUGAAUGUGACAAAUGCUUCACCCAAAUUAGUGAUCUUAGAAAUCAUCAGAGAAUUCAUACAGGAGAAAAACCUUACAAAUGUAGUGAAUGUGACAAAUGCUUUACCUACAAAAGUGGCCUUAGAAGUCAUCAGAUUAUCCACACAGGAGAGAAAGCUUACAAAUGUAGUGAAUGUGACAAAUGCUUUACCCACAAAGGUGAUCUUAGAAGACAUCAGAGCAUUCAUAUGGGAGAAAAACCUUACAAAUGUAGUGAAUGUGACAAAGGCUUUACCCAAAAAUGUAGUCUUCUCAUUCAUCAGAGAAUUCAUACAGGAGAGAAACCUUACAAAUGUAGUGAAUGUGACAAAUACUUUACCCAAAAAUACAGUCUUAGUAUUCAUCAGAGAAUUCAUACAGGAGAAAAACUUUACAGAUGUAGUGAAUGUGACAAAUGCUUUACAAAGAAAUACUGUCUUGGAAUUCAUCAUAGAAUACAUUCAGGAGAAAAACCUUACAAAUGUAGUGAAUGUGAUAAAUCUUUUACCCUGAAAGGCAAUCUUAGAAUUCAUCAGCGAAUCCAUACAGGAGAGAAACCUUACAAAUGUAGUGAAUGUGACAAAUGCUUUACUCAAAAAUGCAGUCUUGUAAUUCAUCAGAGAAUUCAUGCAGGAGAAAAAUCCUAUAAAUGUAGUAAAUGUGACAAAUGCUUUACCCGCAAAAGCAGUCUUAGCAUUCAUCAGAGCAUUCAUAUAGGAGAGAAACUUUGCAAAUGCAGUGAAUGUGACAAAUGCUUUACUGACAAAUAUUGUCUUAGAACUCAUCAGAGAAUACAUUCAGGAAGUCAACCUUACAAAUGUAGUGAAUGUGACAAAUCUUUUGCCCUGAAAGCCAGGCUCAGGAGUCAUCAGAGAAUUCAUACAGGAGAGAAACCUUACAAAUGUAGUGAAUGUGGCAAAUACUUUACCCAAAAAGGAAGUCUUGUUAUUCAUCAGAGAAUUCAUACAGGAGAGAAACCUUACAAAUGUACUGAAUGUGACAAAUGCUUUACCCGCAAAAGCAGUCUUAAUGUUCAUCAGAGAGUUAUUCAGGAGAGAAGCCUUACAAAUGUAGUGAAUGUGACAAGUGCUUUUCCCACAAAGGCGAUCUUAGAAAACAUCAGAGAAUUCAUAGAGGAGAAAAUCCUUCCAAAUGUGAAUGAGACAUAUGCUUUACCCAAAAAUUCAUUCUUUUUAUUCAUCAGAGAAUUCAGUGAGGAGAGAAACCUUACAAAUACAAGUGAUUUUGACAAAUGCUUUACCUGCAAAAGUAGUCUUAUAAAUUCGUUAUAGAAUCCAUGCAGGAGAAAAACCUUUAAACUAUAGUGAAUCUGACAAAUUCUUUAGCCAGAAACAAUCUUAGCACUCAUCAGAGAAUGUGAAGUAGAGAAAGUUUACAAAUGAAGCAAAUGAGAAAAAUCCAUUUCCAAGGAAGAUCAUCUUAGAAUUUAUCAGAGAAUACGUAUAAGAGAGUCCUUACAAAUGUAGUAAAUGUAGAAAUCUUUUACUGUUUUCUCAUUGAUCAGAAUACAUCAAAAAAAUGCAUACAGGACAAAAACCUCCAAAAUGUAAGAGGAAAGGUCUUUACCCAAAUCUCAGAUCUACGAAAAUAUCUGGAAAUUUAUAGUCAGAAAAAAAGAGUGCACUGGAAAAGAAUGUGGCAUGUACUUUAUCCAAGUCAUAUUGUUUUCAAUACUUGAGGCUGCACACUAUAAAAUUAUAUGUAUGGGAAACUUGUGAAAGUGUUUAAUUAAUGCUCAACUCUUAGAAACUUUUCAGGGAAUGUGCUGAAAGAUACUGAAAAUGUGACAAUGAAGGCAAUCUUUCAUUAAAAGUUUUACUUGUUCACUUUCAAAUAUGACAUAAUGAAGACACAAUGGAGAGGCUAGAAGAAUAUAAAAUUGUGUAAAGUUUCCUGGAGACUGAAAUGAUCUGUUUCAAAGAGACGCUGGGUAAGGCAGGAAAUACAUUCCUCAAAGUAGUUAAUGAAACUGACAUAUGCAUUCUAUAUGCUUAACUGAAAAUAAGAUACUCAGACAAAUUAUACUUCUUAAAAGAGGAUUUGAAAAACUGAGCCACAAAGAUAGGAUGCUGUUUAUGUGGUAGAUAUGCCUACAGAUAUGCGUUUUACUCCAGUGACCAGAACUCAUAAUCUGUAUCAUAUGCUGGUUUUGUUUUUUUUUAAUUUAAAAAUUUAAAAAUUUUAAAUUUCAGGAUAGCAAUUGUCUUUGAAUCCCUUGGGCUCUCGGUUACUGUUUCCCCUUAAUCCUGUAUGUGACUCCAAUAAAGCUCAUUGGUUCAACAA